AGUGUAAGCGCCAUAUACUAGCGAGAACCAGUACUAGAGUGUGUUGUGUCGAAGAAGAGAGAAUUUUAAGGUUUUUUCUUUUUUUUUACAAAACAGUCAGUAAAAACAUUCUUUGGUCAAGAUGACGAUGGCAAUGUUGCAACGCCGUGCCAAUGUGAGGCUGCCACCGGAAGUAAAUAGGGUAUUAUAUAUCAGAAAUUUGCCAUACAAAAUUACAGCUGAAGAAAUGUAUGAUAUAUUUGGCAAGUAUGGAGCUAUCAGGCAAAUUAGGGUGGGUAAUACAGCUGAAACAAGAGGCACAGCAUUUGUCGUGUACGAGGAUAUAUUUGAUGCAAAGAAUGCAUGUGAUCACUUGAGUGGUUUCAAUGUAUGUAAUCGGUAUUUGGUAGUUUUGUACUAUCAAAGUAAUAAGGCAUUUAAGAGGAUUGAUGUUGAUAAAAAGAUGGAGGAUCUGGACAAACUGAAGACAAAGUUUAACCUGAACGAUGAGAAAAAAUAAUCAUUUAGCUAUUUGUAAGAUAAAAUAUGAGAUAUAAAGGAUAUAUUUAUUAAGAUAUAUAACACAUUUAUACAUAUAGAUAAUUUACAUUUUACAUAUAAGAAAAAAUGAGAUAAAUGAGAUAGGUUAAAAGUAGUGCAUCUGAUUUCAAUAUGGUUUGUACACUUUCUUCAAUUCAGAUCAGAAUGCAACUGAUGUCCAUUAGGAGGAUUUAUAUAUUUUUUAAAAAUAAGUUCUAUUGGACAUCAGUCAUUUCAAAUUGUGCUGAGAAAUAUUCAAGCUGUAUUGAGACCAAAUAUACAAGUACUAUUAGUAUUAAAUUAUUACUAGUAAUAUCGAUAGUAGUUAUUUCUAAGUUAUUACUAGUAUUAUGUUAUUUCUAUCUUUAAAUAAUACAAUGAAAGAUCACACGACAAAUAAACACAACUGUACAUAGUUUUAACAAUCUCAGGACAUAUUUUCUAUUUGCUUUUUAUUCCAUAUUAGCUGAGAUCUUGUAUAGUUAGGCGGAUAUCACUUCUCAUCCGACGAAAUUAAAACGAUAACGCACA